GUGCCCCCAUCACUCACCCUAACCCUCCUGGAAAAGUCCCUGAGGUCCUUCUGCUGGGCAGCGAGAUGGGCCCUGACGGGCGAUUCUCGGCAGAUUUGGUGGACUCAAGGGCCACGGCGCUGGGAAGGAGUACCCUGCUCGCCCCACCCCGUAGGCGCGGUGCAGUUCCCGGUGGAGCAGCCAUGAGCUCCAGGGCCACCCCGCGGCUGCUGACGCUGCAGCGACACCUGGGACCCGCAGAAGUCGGAGGUUGGGGGACAGAAGUAGGCAGCAGGGUUCCUGUUCCUUGGUCUGCGGUGUGUGUGGUGGGGAGUGCGGCUAAGAUCCGAGAGCUCAUGAACUGGGGUCGUGGAGAAGAGAUCCAGAACAGUGCCAUGGAUGCAGCCAGCAGCUCACUAACAACACACGUGCUGGAUACUACCUUGGGGCUCCCAGCCCAGGGCCUCUGCCUUCAUUUGUCCCGACUGGAGGACCAUGGCCAACAGUGGACUGAGCUAAGGACAAGCUACACAGACCCAGAUGGCCGUUGCCCCGGGCUCCUGACCCACACCCAGAUGAAGGCAGGCACCUACAAGCUCUCCUUUGACACUGAAGCCUACUGGAAGAAGAGGGGACAGAAGAGCUUCUACCCAUAUGUGGAGGUCAUUUUCACCAUCACAAAUGAGACCCAGAAGCUCCAUGUGCCUUUGCUGCUGAGCCCAUGGUCCUACACCACCUACCGAGGGAGCUAGCACCAAGGCUGACACCAGGAGAGCGUCUGCUCAUCCAACGCUCACCAGAGUGGGCUUCACGUUCACCAUGGAGCACCAUAGUCACCUCCUUCCUAGGGGAGGACCUGCCCAUCCCCCAAGCUUUCUAAUGGGCAGCUGUGACUCAAUAAAGUCUAUGCCAGCAUCUGCAGAGCCACUCUGUCCACCG